AUUUUGGGGUCAACAAACCCAUUUCAUUCCUUCCUCGAGGGCUUGUGUGUGUGGUGACCGGUGAUAAAAAGCUAUAAACCAUAUUUUUUAAAAUAAGUAUUGUGUCUAAGGGAGCUGGAAUAUGAGUCUGAAGACUACCCUCAGAAGAAAUGUAAAUUAUGUGGCUGUCAUUUGUUUGAGCUUUUUGGUACUUAAUCACCUUUUAAAGAUCAUUACUCCCAGGAAAUCUGCAGAAAAUUAUGGCAUGUGCAAUGAAGCCAUUGAGUAUUUACUUAGUGAAUACAAAGAUCUUGCUGCCAAAAAGAAUAUUCUUCAUAAAGAGAAGUAUUUAGAAGUGAAGGAGCUUAGAAGCAGUCUGAAGAAGGCAACAGUUGAUUUGAAACUGAAGGAGGAGCAGUGCAUCACUGACCUACGUGGCCUCAAUGGAUCAGUCAAAAUGUGGAAAAAACUGUCUUCUGAUAUUCAGCGUCACCUAGACGAUGCGCACAACAUGAUGGACCGCAACGCGAUGGUGCUGACGGCCGCGCUGGAGGCACUACGGGAGGCGGAGCUGAAGGUGGAGCGGCUGGAGAGGCAGCUCGGACUAAACGGCACCGUGGCCGUGGUCUGAGCUGAGCGUGCCGCUGUGACUGCGCCGGUGCACCGCCCGGCCAGUGGAGCCGUCGCAGGCAGGCUGGCUGAAGGAAGAUACUCUGUUGACGGCAUGGUGAAACGUCGUACGGCUAUUCGGAGGCUUUGAAAAACGCCCUGCUCUGUUCGAGUGUCAUUUUACGGCGAUCGGUUAGAGGCUAUUUUUGAAUGUGUAUGAUGCAAUGUUUGUUACAUAUGGGUUGCAGGAAGUUUUAUAUCUGUGGAAUUGAUCAGUAUUUCCAGAAUGACCAGUAACUCCGUCCAAUUGACCAAACCUUACAUAGCCAUGACGUAGGUAACGUCAGUGUCAUAUGACUUGCAUAGACAGCUGUUCACAUCGAUUUUAUAGUGAAUAGCCGGUCAGCAUCCCGGAAAUGGCUGUUGACUCCGUCCAGUUGCUGACCGAUAUUUUUGUACAAAUAUUUGUGCCUUUUUAUUCGCGUAGUGGUUCCGUUGUAUUGUUGGCCGUGAAGGACACGAUCUGUUGUGCCAAGUUGUUAUUGCGUUAGCUCGUUCGUGCGCAACUCUUUAUUUUUUAAAUUAUUUUCCAUUGUUAACCUUAGUGGCAAAUGCUCGUUAGGGCUCCGUACCUGGAUGUGCCAACUUCGCAGAAGAGGUGGGGAAAACAUUUUAGUGUAAUGCUAUAGUGCGUGCUUAGGAUGCCAGUUGCGGUCUCCUGUAAAAGGGACAUUACUUCAUAUACUUACUUACCAGCUAUCUGUUUAAAGUGUGCAAUUUUUAUACUUUUUUACGGGUGCCGAAAAUGGAGGUAAAAUAAAGCUGCUUCUAAUCA